AUGUCCCUGCAGGCUGAUUUCGAUCGGGUCUCGGCAGACGUCAGGAAGCUGAAAACGAGACCCAAUGAUGAGGAGCUGAAGGAGUUGUACGGGCUUUAUAAGCAGUCAAUCAUCGGAGACAUUAAUCUCGGGUGUCCGGUCCUGUUGGAUAUCAAAAGCAAAGCAAAAUGGGAGGCGUGGAACCUCAAGAAAGGGAUGUCGAGGGAAGACGCCAUGCGGGCCUAUGUGUCUAAGGCGGAAGAACUGAUAGAAAAAUAUGGGAUUUAGCAUCCAGACUAAGGCGCUUGCCUCUUG